GAAGAAAAACAUGAAGAGCAUCAGUCACUUAUCAAGAGACAAGCAGCUGGACUCUUCACACUUCCUGCUUCAGCUACUGUCAAUCAACACAGACACACACACACACACACACACACACACACACACACACACAUUACGUUUGGUAUAUUGACCGUCAUCUCCUGCGUUGGUGUUUUAUUUUCUCUGACUGAGGCUCAGAGACGAUCGUUGUUACACCAGCGCAGAAUGCAGCUCUUCUUCCUCCUCCUCUUCGUCCUCCUGGAUCAAGUUGCCAUGGUUACGACCGUGUCCGGAUGCCAGGACAUCAUGGACAAGGACGAUCGGCCGUCUAAGAACUGCAAAGCGGCCGGACUCAGCGACGUCCCUGCCGGAUUCGAUCCAAAGACCAAGGUUCUGUUGUUUCCCAACAACCUGUUCUCCAGUCUGUCCUGGUCCUCCUUCCAGUUCUUCACAGAGAUCUAUGAGAUUGACCUCACAGGAAACAAGAUUCCAGAACUGACGCCCAGUGACUCUCCACUCCUGCCCACUCUCAGUGUUCUGCGGCUGGGGUUAAACCGUCUGACAUCCCUCUCAGACCGCUCCUUUUCCGCCUGUCCCGAUCUGACUGAACUCUGGCUCAACAACAACACCAUCCGAUCUCUGAGCGACCAAACCUUCUCCGGACUCAGCAAACUUCAAAUCCUGGACUUGUCAUCAAAUCACAUCAAGGUGCUUCCCGGGUCAAUGCUGCACCCCUUCACAGCCAUAGAGUUCCUUUACAUCAAUGACAACAAGAUCAGGGUGAUGCCAGAUGGUUGGUUCAGCAAACAGGAGGAAGUGCCCUAUCUGUUUCUCACAGACAACCCCUGGGAUUGCACCUGUUCCAAUCUUUACCUGCAAAGAUACAUCCUAGAAUUUGACACCAACUUCUACAUCAGAGACGGUCCAAACGUACUUGAUGGUUCAUUCAAAGUGGAGUGCGCCUCUCCACCAAGGCACGCAGGUACACCUGUGAUGAACCUGGAGGAAACUGAUCUAUGUCCACCAGAAGGUCAUCUAAGAGGAGAUAUCUUACCGCCAAGUGAUCCUGUCACUCAAACUGUCACUACCUCCAUCCCUGCUGUUUCUUCUCCACCUCCUACCACACCUGCUGCACCUGUGCUGCUCGAAGAAGAACUCUCCACAGUGUCCACCAGAGUAGUCACGCACUCCUGGUACCAAACAUUCACCAGUCUCAUUGAAUGGUCAGAGUUGGUGGUCAGAAGCGAGAUGACGUUGGUCGGUUUGGACACGGUGACGACCGAUCCCACGCGUUUCACAGUCACACCCACCACUGAAAGUCCCGGGAGUGUAAAGACCACUUGGCAAACAACACCUGCUGAGACGACCGAAUCUUUUCCUUCGACCGUUACAUUGACGACUUUGCAAGAAAAAGUCCGGGCCACAACAACCUUUACGACCCCGGCCACAACCCGCUCCACCCCUUCUCGUGCUGAAGUCGGCGCUGUCAGGGGCGCCGGGUUGUUCUGCUGUUGGCUUUUUGCCGGCUGCUUGCUGCUGUGCGUUGCGUCGGCAGGUUGCAUAUUGGUGACUGUGUGGAGGCUGAUCGUCUGGUACAGGAGGGUGUACAAGCCGCUGACUGUGACGCUCGCAAGGAAGGGAGGAAGAGACGGAUUGAGGCUGUUAACGUGCAACAGGAGGGAAGAGGAGGUAGGAGGAGGAGGAGGAGGGAUGAUGUCUUUGUACCGCUCUGUUUUGUACGUCAACAGAGAGGAAGGAGAAGCUAUGGAGGGGGAGGAUAGGGCUGAGGAAGGAGAGGCGGGGAAAGUUGAACCACUCCUUGUCACUUUAAAGCCGACAGGAGGAGGUGCAACAAGAGAAGAAGAAGAAAGAGGAGUGUACAGGAAGACUUUGUACCGUCAGGUGAGGAAAGAGGAGGCGAUAGAGGGGUGGAAGGAUGUAGUGGAGGAGUGUCGUGUCUCUGCAGAAGAUGGAGGGAGGAGAGGAGGAGCACAGUGUGAAGGUGUGAGCAGAGGGACGACUGGAGGAGUCUCCAGAAAGUGUUACAGUGUGAUUCUGAGGGAGGAGAGGGAGGAGGCGGCGGGCGGGAGAGAGGAACUGGACUGGGUGGUCGGGGGAUGGGAGGUGAAGAGAGGAGGGGAGGAGCCGAGGAGCAGCUGGGGGGAGUGGCUUGAACACUACUUACCCAGACUGCCCUGGGGAGUAACCACGCCUACCAAAGAAGAGGUCGCUGAGUGAUGUCAUGGAUAAAGUAAUGACAUAAUUUCCUGUUAAGCCCAUGUUCUGUUUUUUGUGUGAUCUCUCUUUAUGCAUGUUCCUGAUCAGCGGGGUGUAAAGGCCGGCCAACGAGGGUCAACCUGCUUGGAAAGACAAUAUUCCUUUGUUUUGAACCAGGGCUGUCAGCGUCAGUGUGAUUAUUCACAUUGAUCUCAUGUUUGUCCCUUCAGGCUCUCCGUAGAUAGUGGUCCUCAGUGUCUCCCUGUGAUGGAAAAGAAGAACACUGCUGCAUCUUUGAAUGUCUCAUUUCACUUACAGCUAAAUCUCUCUCAACAGUUUGCUUCAUGGCUCCUUCAAAAUGUUUUUCUCUUACAUUCUUCUUACAUUCUUCUCUUUUCUCUUUCUCUUACUUACAUUUUGCAUUUUUUACACUUAAACACAUAAAGCAUAAAGUAGGAAGUUGUAUAAAAACAUUGUUUAAUAAAAUAAUUUUAAAACUG